AGCUAGCUUUUCACCAAAGGCUUGCAGCCGCCACUGCUGCUGACUAUAUUGCUAGAUAAAUUAGCCCAAGACAAUCGCCUCAACGCCCUAUCGACGAAUUCGUGCAAAGCCUGCACCGCUAACUGCAGUGCAGCUUUGCAGCCUGCACAAUGCUGCUGCAGCGAGUGGCACGCGCGCAAAUCCGUCGAGCACAGCGCUCAGCUGCUCUCAGCACGACUGCACCGACGCUGCCGCCGAGCUGCGUCUGGCGUCCCUGCCCCCACGACGACCGCAGUCCCAAUGCACCGGUCGUCGUCGUCUUCGGCUUUACGUCGUCAACACAAAAACAGCUCGCGAAGUACGCAAAGGUCUACCAUGCGCUGGGGCUGGACGCCAUCACCUGGGCCUGCCCGCCGCGCGAGGUGCUGCGGCCCGAGCGGUCGCGGGAGACCGCCGCGCGGCUCCUGGACGCGCUCCACGAAGAUACUUUAAUGAAUCGGAAUAUAGUGCUCAACGGCCUGUCCGCGGGCGCCUACUCCGUCGGGAACACGUUGCUAGAACUCGAUGCGCGGGGCGGGCGCGACGCGUUCUACGAUAGAAUAAAAACAGCAGUGUACGACUGCCCCGUGGACUUCGACGGCGUGCCCAAGGGCGUGUCGUCGGCGAUGCUCGGUGAAGGCACGCCUCUCCAAAAGCUGGGUGAAAGCGCCAUCCGACUUUACCUGUCGGCGGUCGAUACCGAGAAGUGGGAGAGCUCGUCGGCCAUGUUCCACGCGAUGCCGCCCGCGCCGCCGUCGCUCUGGAUCUACUCGCUGAACGACGAGAUUUUAGAUAUUCCCUCGAUCGAGAAGAUGAUCGCCAAGUGGCGGGCAAGAGGAGACGACGUGGAGACGUUGGUGCUGGACGAGUCGCCGCACGUGAAGAACCUGCUGACGGCGCCGGACGCCUACUACGACGCGGUGAGGACGCGCGUCGGCGACUUUCGGAGUAACAGUAAUUCUUAG